UCCCGCCCUCAUUUCCACCAGACGCAAGUUGCACUUCAACAUAGCGAAUCCUGGAAGACACUUCAGUCUUCCAUCAGCGCUAUAAAUCGAUCUAACAAAAACAAAUUUCAUUCUUUUCUUCUCUUUCACUUUCGUGCUAACUUCUUUCCAAAAUGAACUCCAUGAUCGUUGUAGCGUGUUUAGCGUUGGCGUGCGGCGCACACGCAAACGGCGGCUGGGCCGGCCCGCCCGCUAACAUCGCGCUGUCGCAGGACGGUCGCAACAUCCUCGACACGCCCGAGGUUGCGCAGGCGCGCGCCGCCCACCUCUCCGCCCUUCAGCAGGCCGCCCAGAACAACCCCAACCCACAAGACGACGGCUCCUACAACCCCGCUUGGGACAACGAGGAGUACUGGCAGCGCGCUGAACAGCCCAAGUGGAAUGCCGCCCCCGCUCAACAGUGGAACGCCGCCCCCGCCCAACAAUGGAACGCCGCCCCCGCCCAACAAUGGAACGCCGCUCCCGCCUGGAACGCUGCCCCCGCCGCCCCCGCGUGGAACGCCGCCGGCCAAGCCCCCGCCCCCGUGGCUGAAACCCCUGAAGUAGCUCAGGCCCGUGCCGCUCACCUCGCCGCCUUGUCUGCCGCCAAAUCUGCCGCUCCUGCGCAACAGCAGUGGAACGCUCCCGCCCAACAGCAGUGGAACGCUCCCGCCCAGCAGCAGCAAUGGAGCGCGCCCGCCCAGCAAUGGAACGGUGCUCCCUCAUGGCAAGGCAACGCCGCCCACCAGGCCGCUAACAUCAGACUGGCGCAGGACGGCUCCGGCAUCCUGGACACGCCCGAGGUGGCGGCCGCGCGCGCCGCGCACCUGGCCGCGCACUCGCAGGCCGCACACGCCGCGCCCGCCCACGCGCCCCAACAGCACUGGUGAAGCUCUUCCUCUUCUUCCCCGCGGCCGGCUGGACGCAGCCCUAGCCCGUAGCUCGCGGUCGCGUCGGCCGCGUCUGUGCCAUUACGCUCUAGGUCUACGUCUAGAAGGUUGUUUCUUCCUCCGAUCUCCUCUUCUUUUAGGAACUUUUCAAAGUGCAAGUGCGUCAGCCUAUUCUAUCCUUGUGGCUUUUUGUUACUUUUAUAAGGAAAUUCUAUUGAACGAACAUUUUGUACAUAAUAAUUGUAUGUAUGCGUAAUAAACGAAUUAUAUGAAACGGAAAACA